AUGAACCACAAAGAAGAGAAACAGAGAAAUCAAGAAAGUGAUCCUCACAAUGGCAGUAGCAGUAGUGCAACCUCACCACCACCUUCAUCUUCAUCAUCUCCUUCACAUGAAUUCUCAUUCACUAUUUCCUUUCAACAAACGCCAAAAUCACCUGCAGAUAAUAAAACAAAUAAACAAAUCCCUCCUUCUUCUUCAUUCGCCAUAGAUUUAUCACCAGCUGAUGAUAUUUUCUUCCAUGGCCACUUACUUCCUCUUCACCUUCUUUCCCAUCUCCCCAUUUCCCCUCGCACUUCCACCAAUUCAAUGGAUAGUUUUACUCUUCCAAUAAGAGAUCAUUUUUUUGAAGAUCAAAAAGUCCAAAAUUCCAAGAAUCAAAGAGUAUUAGAUCAUAAGGACACUUGUGAUACUACUUAUACAUCUAAGGGAAAACCAAAGGCAAAGUCUUUUUCCUUGUUUGGUUUACCAAAAGGAAGAAAAGGACAUGAAGGUAAAGAAGAAAAGGAAAACAAAGAGAGAUCACAUGAAAGGAGGAAGCUGAAAUUUGAUAUGAUGAGUCAAGUUGUGAAGAGGUACAUAAGAAUGGUUAGGCCUCUUUUAUCUUUCAGCAACAGAAAGAAUGUGCAAUUUCAUAGGCAAGCUUAUUCUUUUUCUGGGAAUUUAUCAAGUUUAAGAGGAAAGAAUAAAGAGAUUAAUGGAAGGAAAGAGCAAUUAUAUUCAGCACCAGCUUCAAUGAGAACAUCUCCUACAAAUAGUGGGCUUCUUGUAGCUACACCUACAGGAGCUUAUAAUUCUCCUAAUUCUUCUUCUUCUUCUACUUCUUCAAGUGAUAGUACUAUGGAAGAGUUGCAGGCUGCUAUACAAGCUGCAAUUGCUCAUUGUAAGAAAUCUAUUUCAAUGGAAGACAAAGUCAAAUCCCAUAAUGACUAG